CCACAUGCCAUUCCCACCUCUCCACCCCACUAGAUACGGUCGUGUAAACAUACUAAUCUUCAUUAGGUGUGUAACAAUGUUAUUUAUUUCUCUUUUCAGACAUGGCCACAGCAUCCUCCACAGACGACGAAAUCUCCUGCAGCCUCUGUUUGGAGAUCUUCACUGAUCCGCGAGGACUUCCGUGCGGACACACGUUUUGUUUGACGUGUCUCCAAAAUCACAUCGACGCCAACACCACAGAUGAUACUUUCAUGUGUCCAAACUGCAGGGAUGUGGUCGGUAUCCCUGACAACAAACAACCUACAUCGUCCUGGGCUUCACAGUUCAAACGAAAUCUGGCACUCGUCGACGCCAUUGGUCUCAUCAAACAAUUUAAAAUAUUAGGUGGCGACCCAAGAGCGACAACUCAACAAGACCCAAAUAGACUGGUAAUUGAAUCUUCCUGUGAAACGAUAAAGAAAUUCAGUCAUUUUAUAGAACACCAGAUGACGUCAGACAUUGAGAGACUGCAGCGAAGCGUCGACGUCAGCGCGACACAGACUGCGGCUCAGAUGCAGAGACAAGGAGAUAAACUGAUUUCGGAGUUCACAACAGCAGUCCGCACUGAACUGGAAAAGAGUAACUCAGAACUGGACAAAUGUCGUCAAUCUGUUAACAACGAAAUAGUUGAAUUGUUCAUCGAUGUUAACAGACUGAUAGAGGAAAGUAAAGAAUGUCUGAAAUUGGGAGAAAAUCUCCUCAGAUCUACGUCACUUCCUGAUAUGAAAAGACAUGUUUCCAAAUUUUCAAAAAUGCAAAAGAUAACAGCUGAUUAUUUAGCCACACAGCGUCCUGAAUUUCCUGAUUUGGCAAUAACUUUAGUUGAACCUGAGAAAACAGGAAGGAAAACGUUUUCUGCAGAGAUUGGGAGAAUUUUGAGACCUGACGUAAAAUCUAUCAAGAUAACACACAAAAUAUAUUUACAGACUACGAUAUUUGAACCAGAGGUCGAGAUAAACCGGAAGUCAGAUAGGUUAAAGCAUGAACAAACGAUAAAUACAAAACUGCAAUCCGAUACAAAAUGUCCAAACUUAUCAUCUAUCCUAGUGUUAGAAGGUCAAGACUCAAACAAGAUCAUUGUUACUGACUUUAAAAACAAAAGUGUAAAAUCAUUUUCCUCUGAACACAAAACGGUUCAGAGUCUCUACAGGACCACUAGCGGACCAUGGUACCUUGCUAAGACACGUGACCACCAGGUGCUCGUCACCUUGCCAGAAGAAAGACAACUUUUAUAUCUGAAUGUACAAGAUGACAUACGCCUGGUGAAGACGGUGACAACCAAGAAACGCUACUACGGCAUAACCGUCUUGCCUGACGACAACAUGGCUGUGACUGAAGGAUUGUCUGGGUGUGUACACAUACUAAACCAGCGGUGUGGCGUCAUACGGUCUAUUCCUAACAAGAUGAUCCCCAACCCCUGGCAUCUAACAGUGAAAGGCGACUCUCUAGUUGUUGUAUCAUAUACAACUAACAUUAUCACAUGUGUGUCGUCAUCAGGACAAGUCAUGUGGGUAUCACGUGAUUCAGCAAGUUCAGCAAGUUUCCAUCUGCUGUGUGAUGUUACAUGUGACACAGAACAGUUUGCUUAUGUCUGUGAUAACGGUAGAGAUGCUAUUGUUCAGCUGUCACGUGACGGGGAGUUUAUUCGUGACGUCAUCACAAAGGAGGACGGCCUAAAACAACCCGUGUCUCUCUGUUUUGCUCAAGACAAACUUUAUGUCGCGGAACAAAAUGGAAAAAUAAAAAUAUUUGGGUGGAGACAAACUUAACCGAAUUAAAUCACAUAGAUGACAACAGUAAGUUACAGUAACAGAUGUGACUAUAACGUCAACACACAGUGUUUCAAUCAACACAUACACCAUGAAUUAUAAACACUGUAAACUUCCAACCUUAAAAUAGUUUUUUUGAAUGAUUGUUAAGUUACUUAUUUUAGACAUCAUUGUAAGAGUUUUGUUGGUACAUUGACACUAGUUCAAAUUACUGUCCACACGAAACAACAUUUUAUAUAAAAAAUAAUGUCACAUUUGUCAGAACGGCACUAAUGGUUGCGGGGCAGGACUUAGCCCAGUGUGAGGUCGGACUAGGAUCGAUCCCCGUCGGUUGGGCUAUUUGUCGUACCAUCCAAUGUACCACGACUGGUAUAACAAAGGCCGUGGUAAUUCCUAUUCUGUCUGUAGGAUGGGGCAUAUAAAAAUUCCUUGCUACUAAUGGAAAAACGUAGCGUGUAUCCUCUCUAAGACUGUCAAAGUUAUCAAAUGUGCUCUGGUGGUGUGGUUAAUUGUGGAAUGAAAAGACAGAUAGAUGGAUUUCGAACUUGGGUCUCACUACACAGUUCACUUCCCGGUUAGAUUGCAUUCAUCAUGGUCCACUAUAGUUUCUAACUGCACAUAUAUUGUGGUUCACAUAGUCACUUCUAGUAAUUGGGGGAGAAUUAAAACAAAUUGUAUUUUUUCAAUAGUAAGCCUUGAUUUAACCCCUGCUAUUUUGUAAUAUUGUGCAUUGACCUUUUGGGACAUGGGUGUAAAGCGGAAGAGGUGAUUGGUGUGAAUAGGUUCUAAAACUACCUGUUCGGUCCGUUACUACAGCCUGAGACGGAAAUGUUCUCAAUUUUGGAGGGGAAAAUAAAUGCUUGUCUAAUGUGUGUUAGCAAUGGUGUAUGUUGUUAGUACCAACGAGAGCCCGUUCUAUUGGCAAUCUUCAUUUGAAUUGGGCAAUUUAACAUGAAUUUCAAUGGCAGAUGGCAUCUGUGUAGUGAGACUUUAUAUCACUCAACAAAAUAGUGAUAUCAAAAUAUCUGGCUGCAGUCAAAGUGAACGAUGACAAUACAAGUCGACUAAUUAUCGUUGCAAAAAACAAACAAAAGACACGUUAAUAUAUAUCGGCGACAAGCAAAACUAGUUGAUAACGGGGGAGCGAGGGGGUCAACUGUAAUGUAAUGUACUUUGGUGGCAUUGAUAAAUAAGAAUUGACAACUUGUACAAUGAAUUUUUUUUUUUUAUUUGUCCGAAAAUAGGGUACGGGGGAGGGAGGGGGGGGGCAUCUGGUCCCCUGUGAAACACCAUUAGUGUGUGGCUGACUUUUGUGGGUGCAAUACAGGUAGUGAUUAGAGAGUCGUAUAACCGCUCUUUUUGCGGCUAUUAAUUCGAACCUUCAGUACAAAUGCAGUUUUGGGAAAGUUUGGUACAUGUACAAUAAUACUAACAAUAUUUUAAACAUUAUGUUAUGCUUCUAGCAUGUAAGUAAUAUAACUGUUCAUGAUAUUGGAGGUAACUUUUCCUGUAUCGCAUAGUAAGAAACCUGCCGACUUAGUCAAAACGAAUUGUCUGACGUGUCUUCAACUAACCUCAUAUUUUCGUCAGUAUUGUACCUUGUGGACGGUCAGUCAGACCCCUCCCCACCCCAUGCGACAAAAACACAUAAAAAGUACCUGUUAUACACAGUGCCCUUUUAUCUAACUAAAUAUAGGUCCUAUAUUAAUAUGUCCUAGUUCUCUCAUGCAUAUAUAUAAUGUAUAUAUGUCAAACAACUUUGUUAACUGUGUGCUGUGACCUGGAUUUUUCUCAAGUAAAUUUAAUAUUGGACAAAACAGACUAUUUAUUUUUUACAUUUAGUAGUAAUUAUUUGCAUAUUUGCUUGUAUUGUGUAAUGUCUGGAACUAUGCCAUUUAUUGUAGUUAUUGUUUAAUGAAAUUCUUAGUAGUGCACUUUGUUGUGUCACACACGAGAAAAAACGAAGUUGCGUAACUAUUGUUAUUAGUGAUCGUUUGGAUGCAUAAUGCCAGCUACAUUUAGUUGUAUUUCAUAAUAAUAUGUUUAGUCUAUAAAACUAUGUUUGUAAAUAGUUGUCAUAAUUUAUGCGAUAGUAGUAUAAUACGAUCGCUAAAUAUGUUAAUUUUAGUUUAAUGUUCGAGGUCCGUGUUUCGGCCUUGCGGUAUUCGACUUCAUUUAAUUUCCAGCUUCAUGUGCAUAUAAAAACUAUGACAUAACGUUGAUAUUAAUAUUAUUGAUGUAAAUAUUGCCAUAAUUGCACAGUGUGUGCACUUACACACUGAAAACAUACCAUGGACUUAUAAAUAAAACUGGAAUAAAUAUCCGUUUGAUCGACUAUUUUAACAUGGCUGCCGGGAUUGACCGUGCCAUUCAGUAAAGUUUAUUUUUUCUCGAAAACUUGUAAGAUCGUUUAGCGUUUUUGCUAGUUAAACGGAUCCUAAUAUUGUUUGUAUAUUAUGUCAAAUCAUUGUAUUAAUUAAAUGAGAUAAUAACUGUAAAA